GAUGACACAGAUGGAAAAUAUUCAUCUUACUGCUUGAUGGACAGAAAGUUGGGGACAUCAUUUGGAGGGAAAAAAACAACAACCAAAAAGCCAAGAAAAAAUAUUUUCACACAUAAGAGUCACAGACCUUCAUGCCAGUGCAAAAGAAUAAUGAAUUCUACAAUGUUUCAGUACACCACAGAAGACAGAUAUGCAGAAGCUUUUGCAAAAAAUUUCACCACUGUUCUUGUCGGGCUCAUAGUCAACUGCGUCAAUGGAAUAAUUGUUUUCACGUUCUUCAAGAGUUCAAUUUUCUACAAUGAUCCAAGAUAUAUAUUAUAUAUUCACAUGGUCAUCAAUGAUAUGCUCAUGGUUUUUUUCAGUGUAAGUCUUGUUGUGAUGGCUUAUGCAUGGCCAAAGGUUCCUGUCCCGUUCUGCAUUACACUGCUAAUAAUAGCCUCAACAACUCAUAAGAACACUCCUCUGACUUUGGCCGGUAUGGCCGUUGAGCGUUACAUCGCAAUCUGCAAACCAUUGCAUCAUCAUCAGAUUUGCACAGUGCGCAGGACAUACAUCCUUAUCUCUCUGAUUUGGGGUGUAGGAGUUUUACCUGGAUUGGCUGACUUGAUUCUCCUUUCAAUUGUUCGUCCUUUAUCUGUUUUUACAACAAGUAGUCUCUGUAGUACAACUAAUGUGUAUAGCACACCAUACCAUGAAGACCAAAGCAAAAUUACACAUGGGCUUUAUACAUCUGUUGUGUGGGUAAUUCUUGUAUUCACAUAUUGUCGAGUGCUUAUUGCGGCCAGAAGAGCCUCCGCUGAUAAAUCCUCAGCAAAAAAGGCCCAAAACACCAUCCUGUUACAUGGAGUACAGCUUCUGCUCUGUAUGUUGUCCAUCAUUACUCCUAUCAUAGACAAGAUUUAUAGCCAACUUGUACCUACUCUACGGUCAAAAAUCACCUUUUUCAAUUAUCUUCUUACAAACUUAUUACCAAGACUACUUAGCCCCCUCAUUUAUGGUGUUCGAGAUAAACAAUUUUUUAAAUACAUGAAAGGACUUUUUUCAUGUAGGUUACUUAAUGUAAAAGUUGAAUCAACUAAGCAGUGAGCUAAAAAGGUAUCAUCAUAUAAGCAUAAUUAGUAAUUAUUUUAUUAUUCUCCCUAUGCAAAAUAUAUUUUUAAUAUGUGCUUUUCUCUUAGUUAUUUUCUUAUUCUGAUUUUGUAAUUAUAACUUCUUGGCCAAGUGGAAUUUAGAGAAAAAGUGUUAAGGAAU